CGCAAGAUUCACAGAGGACUGAAAAAGGAAACAAAGAAAUUGCAGAGAUCAAGAUUUUUUUCCAUAUUGAGGGAGCUAUGAAAAAAUGCGAGCUUUGCAAGCUCCCAGCAAAUAUACACUGCGAAUCAGACCAGGCGAUACUGUGCUGGGAAUGCGACGCCAAGGUCCACGAAGCCAACUUCCUGGUCGCGCGGCACUCGCGUAACCUUCUAUGCCGGAGAUGCCAGGCGCCGACUCCAUGGAAAUCAUCGGGCUCGCGGCUUUCCUAUUCCGUCUCAGUUUGCGAGCGAUGCGAAGCAUUCCAGGAAGAUUCAGUGGUGACUGAUGAGGAAGAGGAAGGGGAGAAUAAGUUGGUGCCGUUGAGGAUCUCUCCGCCGCCGGAUUUCGGUUCUUCGAAUGGGGUCGAGGCGGAGGAAAUCGGAGAUACUGCGUAUAUCGGCUUCGAGAGCGAUCAACCUUGGCACGCCCUAUCUGCUGACGACGAAGAUUCCACCAGUACCGGAAGCCCUCUGAUAGUUAAGGGAUCGCUUACAACAGAAACGAAUCAAUAA